CUCGCUGUUUCUGUAUGUAGAAGGAUGACAAGAAAGGACAACACAGACAGCCUCAAGCACAGUUCAGUCCUUAUAAGUCUGAGGAGGUGCUUCCAGGCUGUCCUGAGGUGCUUGCCAAGCCAGCUCCUCCACCCCUGGCCUGUACGUUUUUAAUGGGUACUUAUUUUUUGUAUCCAUUUAUUUACAUUUAUGUUAUCAGAUGGUUUUAAAUUUGUGCUACGUUAAGAUAGCAAUGUAACACUGAGCAUCUUGGUACACUCUGCCAUUUAGAGUGAGGUUAAAAGAAAGGUGUUGAACAGAGCUACAGUACAGCAUGAUGUUGAAUUUGAGGAAUGCAUGUUAUAUCAUUUUUAGCUAGCUGCAAUUGGACCACACAUUGACAUUUUCCUUUUUUUAUACAGAUCAUUCGCCGUUAUAUUUCACAGACUCCUGUAUUGACUGUGCUUAGCACUGUAGGCAGUGUGACAUCACCAUGUGCAUCAGCAUGCCAAGGCACGAAUUUCUUCUUUUUCUUUAUUCUUUUAGUUUAUUUUGUUGGAAUAGAACGGCAGCAGCUUGCUGCAGAGUGGUUUAGAACAUAGCGAAUGGUCACAGAAGUUAAAAACAAGGCAGCUUCUUUACAGACAUGCAUUUCUAAAAGGUCAAAUGAUGACUGAGGUUUUGUCGGUUCUCGGCUGGCUCAGGAAGAGCAAUCCUUUCUUUUCAACAUGCUGAUAGAUUGGUGAAUCAUGUCGCUGUUGAGCAAAACAAAGCGCUCUUUAUGAAUGUACAACAUGCUGUUAGAGGUGCUUGAGUGUUAUUUGACAGUUUUUCUUAUGUCAUUCCGGAUUAGAGACAAGGAUCACAGCUGAGCUGUAUCCUGGGCAACUUUUAGUUGCAAACAGAGCAGCCUAUAAAACAAGAGGCCAGAUAAGUGUUUGGCUCUGUACUUGAGAGGCUGCGUGUCUUUUUCUGUGUGUAGCUGGAUCUCCAGAGACAACCGUGUUGUUUGUCUUAUCAAAGCUAAAAUCUGUCAGAUAGUCUCUUUGCUUUCCUGGUGCCUUUUCAUCUGGUCCAUUUUUAGUAACAGUUUCCUUGCAAAUCCUUAUGUGGUUCUAAAAGUUCCCUUUUAUAUUUAAUGUUGUGUUUUUGUUAUUAUUGGUUGAAAAGGAUAUUUAGUGGGUCACUAUGGAAAUUGUCUUGUUUAGUUUUCUGUGUUGAAAAGAAAAACUGGAUUCCUAUUGAUGUUGUCCUCUUCUGGUGAAUAGAUCAUAUUUGUCGAGGUAAAUGCACUUUUAUCUCUGAUCAGAGAAAUUUGUAUUUUCUUAAUGUUAAUUCGCCUUUGAUCUUCCAUCUUAAUGAGAUGUGGAUAUAAAAGACUAGGGAUCAUAUACUGUGGUUUGAUGGUGGGGGGCAGUGUGAUGGUGUAACCUGAGGUGGUGGGGCCCUUUGGAGUCAUGUGACUACCAGGCAACCCUCUGUCACCUCGGUAACCAGGAACUCCACACGCUCCUACCCUAUCAUGGCAGGAAUGCUGGCUGACACUCGACUAAGGCUAUUUCUGCUGUCUGUCGCUAGUGCUUGGUGUUCCUAAUAGUUUGCUGGACGAGGAACCUCCAUUCUUAUUUUUAUUGUAAUAUAGUUGCCUAUCCUCUUUCUGAAGUCUUAUUUUCCACCUUAUUUUUGAGUAUCCUGCUUCUGCUGUUGUGUUUUUGCGGUGAGACGACUCUGGUCUGUGUGCAGUUCAUUGUGGGGUAGGAAAGUUGUGGAAGAGACUGGGAGUGGGUGGGAAGAGAGGGAGGGGGAAGAAAAAAGGGGAGCAGUCAUUUAGCCAGCCAGCCAGUCAAAGGAGAAUUGGGCAACACAAGAAGAGGAGGGAAAUAACAGUAAGUCAGAGUUUUAACAGUAAGUGAAAGUGAACGGAAGCUGUGGGACAUGAGGUGAAAAUGGCUCAGCGUCUGCGUUUAUACUUUGGAUCUGGCCGUAGCAACACAGCUCCAGAGAUGCUGGAAACGGACUCAGAAGAGCAGCGAGCAGAGGGUGAAGAGUCCAGAGCGUGCUACUGGCAGCCUCCUCGUUUACCAAGGCUUCCUCAGGAGUUGGGGGUGCAAAACGUCUCAUCUGGAAAUUUUGGUUUGCGUUCGGAUCCCUCGCUCAAAAGGAGCUCCUCCAUGUUCAUACCACAGCUCUCCACUUGCCCCGAAUCACGACCCACCAAAAGUUCGUCCGUGCAGAUCUCCCUCCAGCGCUCCAAUGGAUUAAUUAAUAGACAGUUUGGUGGCCUUGCAGAUGAUGUCCCACCGCCUUGUUAUACCCCACCUGGACCUGCGCCUGCAUAUCCCGAACCACAAACUCAGGAAGACUUUCCGCAACAGCCGCCUCCCCCAUACUACAGCCCAGAUUCCCAAUUGUCACUGAAUGAACCAAACCUUCCUAAACGCAGAGUUUUUAGCAUUGGUUCUAGUGGCUAUGCUACAGUGACUGGAGGCCAACCUGGUGUUAAUGUUGGUACCAUUUGUAUCCAGAGGAAUUCUCCUGAGAUUUUUGAUGUCCAGCAUUAUCUUCUUCCUUAUGGUCAAGAUGGCCAGCAGCUGACUCUAGAACCAUGUGCUAGUGUUAAUGGUGCAACACAGAGACUAGUUUUCCAGCUACAGCAAAACCAAAACCAGGAUCAGACCCAGGAUUGUCAGCAGACUGCUGCUUUCCAGGGGGACUUUGGUCGAAGCAUCCGCACAGUGCGUUAUCCCAGAAUUCGACUACAGAGGAGCUCAUCUCAUCCGAGGCUGCUGCUGGAAAAUAAACAUCUGAAAAACGGGGCAGACUUCCAGACCAUAGAGGAGAAUCAGACUGAUGUGGAACUGGAAGCAAAAGAUGGAUCAAAAUGUUGUACUUUUAAAAUCAGUGGGGAAAACCCCAGAAGGCAGCCGCAUUUCAAGAUAUUCUUUACCCAGAGGGGAGGCGGAGAUCAGGAUGCGAGUCUUGGCAAGAAAUUGGCAACAAAUAAUCCCAAGACAAGAGAUGAUUUCCUUGGACAAGUCGACGUUCCCCUCAGUCAUCUGCCGACAGAGGAUCCUGCUAUGGAACGCCCAUACACGUUUAAAGACUUCCUGCUUCGACCAAGAAGUCACAAGUCCAGGGUGAAGGGUUACUUGCGUCUGAAGAUGGCCUAUUUGCCCAAACAAGGAGGACAAGAAGAAGAGGCUGGAGAGUUGAGGGAAGAGGCUGAGGGUUGGGAUGAGUCUGCAGAUUCGGGCUCCCAGCGACCCCAGCAGCUGUUGCCUCCUUUGCCUCCAGGCUGGGAAGAAAAGGUGGACAACCUGGGACGCACCUACUACGUGAACCACAACAACCGCACCACCCAGUGGAAGCGGCCUUCAAACACGGACGUUAUCUCAGAAAUCGAGAGCGACAAUCAGCAGCGGCAAAUAAAUCAGGAGGCACAUCGUGUUUUCCGUGCUCGGCGCCACAUCAGCGAAGACCUAGAGAACGAGCGCAUGGACUCCAGGGACAUGGACAAUGUGAGAGAACAGGCUGAAGAUUCCUGGGAGCUCAUCACCGAAGAGGAUCCCAACGACAGCUUAGCCCAGUCUCUGCCCGCUCCCUCCUCCGUUUUGACCCCGCAGCACUCGCCGACACCUGCUGCUCAGGAGUUCUCUGAAGACCUAAAUCUGAGGCUAUCAAUCACCCCUGAAACGAACGGUGAACUGCCAGGGCCCAGCUCCUCUCUGAGCCAGCUGUCAAACAGACUCCGGUCUUCAAGUAUGACAGAUGGUGUCAGUGAUCAGGCCCAGGCUCCUCCUCUAACGCAGGGUCCCCAGACCAGAAGAACAAGAGCUCAAACUGUGUCAGGUGGUGAGGAGCCCAUGUCCCCCUCGGCAGCUUCCUACACCUUGACCACCCCCGGCCUGCCCCCUGGAUGGGAGGAGAGGAAGGACUCCAAGGGAAGAACUUAUUACGUCAAUCAUAACAACCGCACCACUACUUGGACUAGGCCAAUUGUGCAGCUGACUGAAGACGGAGCCAGCACCUCAGCAGCAGCAGCAGCAGCAGCAGUAGCAUCAGGGCCUGCCUCAGCCCUGGUACCCACUCCCACCCCUUCCUCCUCCUCUUCCAAUGCUUCCAACCACCACCUCCAUGAGCCCCAAGUCCGACGACCUCGUAGCCUCAGCUCUCCCACUGUCACCCUUUCCACCCCUUUGGAGGGUGCCAACAAUAUCCAGGUGCGGAGGGCGGUGAAGGACACCCUCUCCAAUCCGCAGUCUCCUCAGCUGUCUCCGUACAGCUCCCCAAAAUCACAACACAAGAGCCAGCAGAGCUUUUUGCCCCCGGGCUGGGAGAUGAGGAUAGCCCCUAAUGGACGGCCUUUUUUCAUCGACCACAACAGCAGAACCACCACCUGGGAGGACCCCAGGUUGAAAUAUCCCGUCCAUAUGAGGAAUAAGAACUCAAUGGAACCUGGUGAACUUGGUCCUCUUCCUCCCGGAUGGGAGGAAAGAGUUCACACAGAUGGACGCACUUUCUACAUCGACCACAAUACAAAGACCACUCAGUGGGAGGAUCCCCGUUUACAGAGUCCAGCUAUCACGGGACCUGCUGUUCCCUACUCCAGAGAGUUCAAGCAGAAAUAUGACUACUUCCGGAAGAAAUUAAAGAAACCGGCGGAUAUUCCCAACCGCUUUGAGAUGAAGCUACACAGGAACAACAUCUUUGAGGAGUCCUACCGCCGAAUCAUGUCCCUGAAGAGGCCUGAUGUUCUAAAAGCACGAUUAUGGAUUGAGUUUGAAUCAGAGAAAGGAUUGGACUACGGCGGCGUGGCCAGAGAGUGGUUCUUCCUCCUGUCAAAGGAAAUGUUCAAUCCCUACUACGGCCUGUUCGAGUACUCUGCCACGGACAAUUACACUCUCCAAAUCAAUCCUAACUCUGGCCUCUGCAAUGAGGAUCAUCUUUCUUAUUUCAAGUUCAUCGGACGUGUGGCGGGCAUGGCUGUGUUUCAUGGGAAACUCCUGGAUGGUUUUUUCAUACGUCCAUUUUACAAGAUGAUGCUGGGGAAACAGAUAUCGCUUAAGGACAUGGAGUCUGUGGACAGUGAAUACUAUAACUCCCUAAAGUGGAUUCUGGAAAAUGAUCCCACAGAACUCGACCUGAGGUUUUGUAUUGAUGAGGACAACUUUGGACAGACAUAUCAGGUUGACCUGAAGCCCAGCGGUUCAGACAUGGUGGUCACCAAUGAGAACAAGAAAGAGUACAUUGACUUGGUCAUCCAGUGGAGGUUUGUCAACCGGGUCCAGAAGCAGAUGAACGCCUUCCUGGAGGGAUUCACUGAGCUCAUCCCAAUAGAUUUGAUCAAGAUCUUUGAUGAAAAUGAACUAGAGCUGCUCAUGUGCGGCUUGGGCGACGUCGACGUGAACGACUGGAGACAACACACAGUUUACAAGAACGGCUACUGUCCCAACCAUCCGGUGAUCCAGUGGUUCUGGAAGGUUGUGCUGUUGAUGGACGCUGAAAAGAGAAUCCGACUCCUCCAGUUUGUUACGGGAACAUCACGAGUGCCGAUGAACGGCUUUGCUGAACUUUAUGGUUCUAAUGGACCUCAGCUGUUUACAAUUGAGCAGUGGGGAACACCAGACAAGCUACCAAGAGCUCAUACUUGUUUUAACCGCUUGGAUCUGCCCAGCUACGAAUCCUUCGAGGACCUGAGAGAGAAGCUCCUCAUGGCGGUGGAGAACGCUCAAGGCUUCGAGGGAGUCGACUAAAGCGCCCCCUUCUGACUCUAUCCAGCAACAACCAAUAGCAAAGAAAUGAAACCGAAUCCCCAGGGACGUGAAGCCAGCUGCGUGUAGCAGUUUUUGUGCAAGCAUGUUGUACUGCAACGCCUGACCGUGAGCCGUCUCCACUGCAUGGUGGUUUAAAGACUGUACAGCAACUCGUCGAGCCAAUAUGCCUACGUGUUUCUAUCUUUACACUACGGGAUGGGUCACUCGUUUUUUUUUUGUUGUUUUUUUCUAAGAUGCUGGGGAGAGAAAAGUGAGCGUUGCACUGCCUCAUUUCGGAGAUGUCUUGUCUGCGAGCUAGAACGCUGGGGGGGGACAAAAAAAAAAAAAAAAAACGCAGCAGGAUUCCCAGAGGAUUCCCCAUCCUGUGAAUAUCUACAGUGCCGGAAAAAAUGCAUUUCAAUAGCUCUAGUAUAGCACCGUGAGCUCUUAGCAUGGCCUUAAUCUGGCUCCCACAUGCACUACUUCUCCUAAGAAGCUGCAAAGGCACUAUGAUCUUAGAUCUUAUUCAAAUAUUUAACCCAACACCAGGUUACCUUAGGAAUGCUAGCCAGUCACAUUUCAGGAAAUCAGACACACCCCUCCGUAGAGCCUUGUCUGGGUCGUGAUCAGAUAGCGCUGCUGCAGCCUUUAUAAAAUGAACAUUUCUUUUUUCUUAAAGUCACUAAUGAAGAUUGAAUAAGAGUACAUGACAUAUAAGCCCCACUAUGAUUUCCCAUGUAUUUUUUUUGUUGUUUUUUUAAAAUAAAUAUACAGAAUUUUGUUGUCAUGUAACAGAAUUUCUUUUAUCAAUCCUUUGUAACUGACAGGAAAAUAUAGUAUGUAUUUGUACUGAUGAACAAUGCUCUUUGCUAUUUCAAAAACCGCGUAUGACAUGACGUUUGAAGUUCAGAUCUGGUCCGUUCUGGGGGCGAGAAGAGUCCAUAUCAUUUGUUAUGGUGAUAGCAAAUGUGUUUGAAAAAAAAAAAAAAAAAAAAAGCGUUUUUACUGUAGUGCUUUAAAAGCAGCAUGAAACUGUGCGUUGUGUUCGCUUUUGACUACAUACUAACUUUGGAAAUGUAACUGCUCUCGAGGUUGUGAAGGGAAAUGUCAAGUUGUGGCAAGUUUCUGUGGUCAACUUAAUGCUCCCCAUGUUUGUUGCUGUUCAUAAUGCUGUAAAAUUGUCCUUUCUUUUUUUAGUUUUGUUUUGUCCAGGGGGAGGAGUGCAUUUUAAGUUCUUCAUACGAUAUAAAUAUGUAUGCAUUACAUUUAACAGAAGUAUUACUGAUCAACACUAAAAUGAAGCCGCGUGUGAGUGAAUGUUGGCGUGAAAAGCUGUGAUUACCGCUGGAUAUAAAGCAGCACGUUUCUUACAAAGACAAAUGUUUCUCCUACUUUUUUUUUAAAUAUUCUCUUCUUUGUCUCUGUUUUUUCUAACACACCUGAACCUAAAGGGCACUUUAUAGAUCAAUCUGAGGUCAUGUCGCCUGAUUUAUGUCUUUUUUUUUUUUCCAUUUACUUGAAUGUGGUUCUUUCCUUUCAGAGCACUUACUGGUGCAAUAUAAAUACUCUGUAAAUUUGGGCUGCUGCUACGGUAGAAACGGAAGUGAACAAGACACUUCAUUUUCUUAAGUUCAUAUCCUGUUUUGAGCUGUUUCUGGAUAUUUUCCUUGUAUGUUUCUUACCCCAGUGAUCUCAAUUCUGACUUGUUUUUUUUUUUUUUUUAAAUUAGGUUUUUUUUUUUUAUGGAUGCUGAGAAAUAUAAUUUUUGUUGAUGAUUCCACUACUUUCUGCAACUCUGUGGUUCAUUUAACUUUAAAUAAAAAUGACACUUCUUA